AUGGAAAUUCAGUAUAUAUACACGAAAAAGCGGUCUGAGUUUGGAAGACAGUGCAAUUUUGCUGACAGAGCAGCAGAAUUACACAUUGACAUUCCAAGGGAUGAUAAACUUGCAGAAAAUUUUAUUUCAAAGGAUCCAGUUGAUCGCGCGAUACAAUGUGCGAAGGAAAUGUCCGAGCACGAGAUCAACACAGAACGACUAGUUUCUGAGACAAGAGGCAUUAAUCACACCGAAGGUGGCUGGCCUAAAGAUGUGAACUGCCAGGAGCCAGAUCAGGUCGUCCGUUUCAGGAAGAAGGUUGAAAAGGAUGAAAACUACACAGUUAUUUUGCAAAGCCUUGGUGCCGUUGUCGAACACUGCAUAAAACAAAACAAUGCUAUCGACAUUUUUGAGGACUACUUUGAAAACAUAGAACAGGAGGCAUCAGAGGAACCGCCGUCAGCUAAGGUAACUGUGAAAAAUACCCUUAUUAAAAGAGAUAUCAAUGAACAUAAGCGUUCUGCAACCCACAUAAGCUGGUUUCCCGAUGGACCUACGAAAUUAGCUGUUGCCUAUUGCAAUACGGAUUUUCAAGUUGACGGCCCAGAUGUCUGUAUUGACUCCUAUAUAUGGGACUUCGCCAAUACAAACACACCUGAUAUGGCAAUGAAACCGUCCUCUCCGUUGGUUUCUGUCGAGUUUAAUCCAAAAGACACGCACACACUUAUUGGUGGGUGUUACAAUGGCCAACUCGCUUUUUGGGACCGUCGGAAGGGGUCUGUUCCUGUUGAUUGUUCUCCAGUUGAAAAAAGUCAUAGCGAUCCCGUAUGGAAAGUUAUCUGGAUCCAAUCAAAGACCGGGACAGAAUUUUUCUCAACUAGCACUGACGGAAAAGUGUUGUGGUGGGAUGUUCGAAAACUAACCGAGCCCACAGAUAUUCUUUACUUGGAUAUGACUAAAGAACAAAACAGUAUAUGUGCUGUCGGAGCUUACUCUUUGGAAUACGAAUCUACCCUUCCUACUAAAUUUAUGGCCGGCAGUGAGCAGGGUCAGAUUUUCCUGUGUAACAGAAAGGGCAAAACUGCAGCUGAGAAAGUGACGAGUGUGUUUCCAGGACAUGCUGGUCCAGUCCUAGCCAUCCAACGAAAUCCCUUCUAUCCAAAGAACUUCCUCAGCGCAGGUGGUUGGGACGUCCGCAUUUGGUCCGAGGAAAUGCGUGAUGAGCCAAUCAUGUGGACGCCCUAUCAAAAUUCUGCUAUUACUGAUGCCGCCUGGAGCCCCGUGCGGCCUGGUGUCUUCUUUAGCACGUUCAAGAGCGGCGAAUUGCAAAUAUGGGACUUGACAUUUAAACAAAAGGCACCAACUCUAUCCAUAAAUGUGUUUGACGAAAUUGCGCAUAGUUUGCGAGUCCAAGAGGACGGCCAGCUGGUGGCUUGCGGAUCACAUUCUGGUGACGUGGCGAUUUUGGAACUCUCCGAGGGCUUCUACACAAUGAACAAGACUGAAAAGAACAAUAUCGGGUUGAUGUUUGACCGGGAGACACAUCGCGAGAAGAUUCUGGAGGCUCGACAACGAGAGUUGAAAUUGAAGGAGAAAGCGAAAGCAGCAGCUGCAGCUGCUGAUGGCGGCGAAGGCGUAAGUCCCCCAAAAUGGGGAGAAGAAGGUGCAAAGGCGGAGGGCGGUGGUGGGGGAGCUGCUGCUGACGGUGAAGACGCCCCUCUCACGCCCGAGGAGUUGAUUAAGAAGGCCGAGGAGGACUUCUUCCAGAUGAUCGAGCAGGAGCGAAAGGACCGUGAAAAAAAGAACGCUGAAAGGCAUCGAAAAGCUCAGGCUCAGGAUUCUGAAGCUGAGCCAACCGAGGAAGGCGCAGCGACGGACGAGGUAAGCCGAAGCGAAUUAAAUUUUUGUUUUAAUUUCCAAAGGAUUUUAAAGUUAUAA